GGAGCAAGAGAUUCCUUGAUACCGCCCCGACAAACUCCUGGAAUAUGUCUGUCCGUGUGAACCAAGGCGACGCCAAUUCAACCAGCGACGCCCCGGACUUUCGCAUCGUCACUACGCUAAAACACACGCUGUUCAACGCCGAAGACGCGGAGUCAGACUCGGCGACAGACGCUGGAAUAGGGCGGUGGAAAGACCUCAGCAAGAAGCUCUUCGCCCUGCAUACGCGGCGACUGCGCGAGGCGGCCGAAGCGUUCGGCUGGGUGGAUGUCGUGAAGAGGCUCUCGGUUCCUGCCACCGGCGCUCAAGCGAGCGAGCCAGAAGAUGAAGAGCGGCUCUCACCACAGACCGAACCCUUCAAUCUGGAACGCUUCGUCGAGGAUGCCGCCGUCGCCACAUCCCAAGGUGGCUCUUCCCCGGGCCCUGGGAGAGGGUUCCUACGAGACCUCCGCGUCCGCGUCCUGAUGUCCCGCGACGGGCAGCUGGCCGUGGAAUGCACGGUGAUGGGCGCGGACCGACCUCUUUCGACGCUCACUCGCGCCGUCGACAUGUACACGUCGUGCCCCUUCGCGGCGACCGUGCCGGGAGAAGGAGAACAGCGAGGGGCAGCCACACCCCCAUGCCACGUCACGGUCGACGCCCAACCCACCCGGACGUCGCUGUUCACGCGGCACAAGACCACCCAUCGCGCGCCCUAUGACGAUGCCCGCGCGCGCGCGGGGUCGCCGCCGCUCCUCCCGACCACGCCGCCCACGGCCAGGGAAGUCCUCCUCUCCAACGCCGCGGGACAGGUCACCGAGGCGUCCCUCUCGGCGGUGUAUUUCCUGCGCGGUGGCGCGUGGCUGACUCCGCGCUCCGACUGCGGGGGCUUGCGGUCCGUGACCCGACUCUACGCGCUCGAGGCGGGCUGGUGCGACGAGGGGAUCGUGCCGGUCCACGAGGUCGCGGAGGGGGAAGUGGUGUGGUUGAGCAAUGCGGUUAGAGGCUUCUUCCCCGGCGUGGUGAAGCUGCAUGGCCAGAAUGGACGGGAAAACAGCACCUGAGGUUUCACUAUGGGACGGAAAAGACAAUGGGGGGUUGGCUCUCUUCCUCUAGUCGCUGUGUAUGAGUACAGCCUAUGGAUAAAUCCCCAGGCUCAUAUUCUAGUUCAUAAUCAUCAUUCUUUUUCAA